AUGGACCAGCAGCAGCGGCAUGAUCUGUUUGGUGCCUGGUUUGAGCGAGCACCCGCCGCUGCUCUCCUCCCAGCUCUCACCAGCCACCUGUCGGCGGUGCAGCCCAGCAGCCUGCCGGCCCGGGGCGGCAGGGCCCACGUCACCGCCGUGUCUGCUGCAGAGGCGGCUGGCAUGCUGGCAGAGCGCUUCGCUGCGCCAGCCAGCCCCGGCGUGGCGCAGCUGCUGCGGCACGUUGCAGCAGCUGCUGCAGCGGCAGCCUCUGGGGGUGAAGCCCAGGCCAGCGGUGGCUCCUCGCCAGCGACAGCAGGCGCAGCGCAGCAGGAGGCCCUGGCCGCUGCGCUGGCCUCGGCGCCGGAGCGGGCGGCAGCCGUGCCGUUGGCUGAGCUGCAGCCUGGCUCGUUUGUGCCAACGGUGGCUGGGCAGCUGCUGGAGGCACUGGCAGCUGACAGUUGCCUGCUAGCGAUGGAGACAGAGGGACCCCAGCAGGAUGACCAGCCGCGGGGCGCAAUCGCUGAAGCGGCGGCGGCGGCGGCAGCAGCCACGGCGUUUGUCGCCGACGUGCUCGCUCGCUUCUGCCGGCGCGGCCACCAGCAGCUGGUUGCGGCAGCGCUGCUGCGGCAGCUGCGCCAGGGCGAGCAGCCGCCAUCGACUGAAUCCGGGCGGCAGCUGGCCAGCGGCAUCGUCGCUGCCAUGCCAGAUUCGGCGGCGCUAGACAAGCUGCUGGAAGCUGCCCUGAAGCAGGCGGCGGCAGCCGCAGUACCAGUGCAAGCGGUAGCAGCACCAGCACAGGAUGCAGGAGGCGAGGUUGGCUCAGAGCCAUCCCUACCAGCCGCACUCUUGGCGCUGGAUGCACCCCCCGCCUCCGACCCGGCAGCACAGGCCGCGGCGGCGGUGCUCUCCAGCCUGCUGCCUCCGGCGGUGUGGCGGGCCCGUGCCGACGCCCGGCUGCUGCUCACCGUCAAGCUGCUGGUGCAGCAGCAGCGACGCCUGCUGCCGCUGCCCGCGCUGCGCGGCCUGCUCCUCUUCCUGCAGCGCCAGCCCGCGGCGGCCGGUGCUGCCGCCACCACGGCCAGCGACGGUGGCUCCAGCGGCGGUUGGCUGCCCGAGGCGGCUGCGCGAGUGGCUCAGCUGUGGGGGGACCCUUCGGCGGUGCAGCGCCUGUCGUCGCAGCAGCAGGCGUACCUGACGGCGGCGCUGUGCUGCAGCCUGCGCAUGCUGGAGCGGCGGGAGCUGGAGGGGCACCCCCAGCUGCUGCAGCUGCUGCUGGCGGGCAUCACCGCCCGCCUGGACAGCCCGCUGCUGAGCGUGCGGCGGCAGGCGAUGCGGGUGGGCCAUUCGCUCUCGGCUCUGCUGGACCCCUCCAAGCCGCCUAUGUUUGGAGAGGAUGACCCCCAGCUGCAGCAGCUGCUGCCAGAGGAGGCCUGGUACGAGCAGGCGGCGGCAGCAGCAGCGGCGCCCCGGCAGCUGAAGCAGCCGCCGCAAAAGGCUGGUGGUGCCGCCGCCACAGGCGCCCCCGGCGCCACGCCCGGCAAGGGCAGCGGGCGGCAGGAGCGGCGCGAGGCACGGGAGCGUCGGCGGCGCGAGCGGGAGGCGCGGCGGCAGCGGGCGCGGGAGGAGGAGGCCGAGGGGCCUCUCACCGAGACCGACAGCGACGAUGAAGUGGGAGGCAUCGGCGACAAUGCCAGCAGCGUGACGAGCAGCGGUACCGCAUGCAGUACCUCCAGCGGCGAGUUCGAGCAGUACGAUCUGGAGGAAAGCGACGAGGAGGACCCGGCGCGCAGCCGCCUGCAGCUGCGGGACCUGCCCAAGAUGCUGCUGAGCAAGGCUGAGGAGGACUGGCGGGGGCAGCUGCGCGCGCUGCGGCACGCCGAGUACCUGAUACGGGCCGCGCCCGACGAGCUGGAGCAGUACGCAGUGCCCAUUGCGCGGGCGCUGGUGCACACCAAGGUGCCGGGGUGGAUGGAUGAGGAGAUGCCAGAGGGGGGCCCGCCCGCCAACAUGCAGCGCUUCAGGGAUGUGGUGUCGCUGCUGGCUGGGGCGCCCGAGCCUGCGGGCCUGGCGCUGGCUGCAGAGAUGUAUGGCCCCAGCAUGGACGUGUACCAGCGGGCCAUGAUCCUGGAUGGCAUGGCGGCAGCUGCAGCCGAGAUUGCGACCCCCGGGGCCUCCCUGCCGCCGCUCCCGGGCCUGCACACGCAGCAGCAGCGGCAGCUGGGUCAGGGCACGGCGGCAGCAGCCAAGGCGGCGGCAGCAGCGGCGGCCUCGGGACUGACGCCCGAGCAGCAGCGCCUGCUGUCCACCACCGCCGACGGCAGCAAGCGGAUCGGCACCGUCACCCGCAUCGCCUCGCGCAGCCUGGCGGCGGCGGCGGCAAGGCAGGGCAAGCCCGUGCCGCGCGCCAACAGGUUCCCUCCCAUCGCGCUCAAGUGGGCCGCCGCCCUGCUGCGCCACUGCGACGAGCCGCACCAAGGCGUGGACCUUCUGGGCAGGGACCACUUCCUGUUGGGCAAGCUGCUGGUCACGCUGGGCUCCUUUCUGGAGGCCAGCGCGCAGAGCAGCGAGGCCGCCACCUUGGCAGCCGCCACCCUGGAGCUGCUGCGCUGCGAGCGGGUGCACGGCCACCCGGAACCCUACGUGCGCCGCGCCGCGCUGCUGGCGGCGGGGCAGGUGCUUGGCGCGGUCCCGCCGGCCAGGCUGGCUACCGCAAUGCUGGGUGCGGCGGCAGGAGGCGCCGGCGGAGCUCCCGCGGUCCUGCCGGCGGCGGUGGCUGCGCGGGAUGCCGCGGACGAGGCGCUUGUGAGCCGGCUGGAGUGGCUGCGGCAAAUGAUGGCCGGCGGCGUGCAGAAGCUGCAAGGCAACCUGGCGGCGGGGGCCCUCCAAGCUCUGGGCAGCAGCCAGCCGGCGUCGCCUCUGGAAAGCGGCUCGCUGCUGCCGCUGCCCCAGGCAGGCGGCGGCGGGCCGGUGGGGCUGCCAUCCAGGGGGCUGCGGCUGCCAGACAUCCGCCUGCCUUGAGAGGCGCUGCACCCACGCCGAGGUGGCAGCUGGGCGCUGGCUCUGUUGACUGGCGAUUGUGUUGUGUUGCAUGAUUGUACGUUGAGCGGCGCAUGCUGCCCUGUGUGAGGCAUGGCAGGUGG